AUGCAUUGUCGAGACUACAGAGAGUGCUUGUGUCAAAUGAAGCGCAGAGAACUGCCUCUCGGGCACGAGCAGGACGUGCCAUUUCUCGAGUUAACGGAGAAAACACCGAUUAUUUCAUGUUCUUUUUUUUUCUUUUUUUCUUUUACUUUUUUCAUUUUUCUUUUUUUUUUCUUUAACAUUUUUUUUUCUUCUUCUAUUUUUUUUUUUUUUUUUUUGGCUUCGUUUCUUCUUUCUUUCUUUGUUCCUCGAUUUAUUUUUUCUUCUUCGCUGCUUUUCGCAGUUUUGAUAAUGUUUCGUCUUUCUUUCUUCGUCACUUUAUAUUUCAUUCUCCUGUUUUUCGUUCUCCUGUUUAUUUUUCGUUUUCAUUUCCCUUCCUUCCGAGUUUCUUUUUCCUUCCUCUUAGAGUUUUUCAUUCGCCUGUUUAUUUUUCGUUUUGAUUUCCCUUUCUUCCGAGUUUAUUUCCUUCCUUAUAAGUUUUUCAUUCGCCUGAUUCUUCAUUUUUUUCAUUUUCCUUUCCGUCUGAUUUUUCAUUCGCCUGAUUCUUCAUUUUUUUCAUUUUCCUUCCGUCUGAGUUUUUCAUUCUCCCGCUUAUUUUUCGUUUUGAUUUCCCUUUCUUCCCAGUUUUUCCUUCCUUCUAAGUUUUUCAUUGCCUCUUUUUUCUUUUUUUCUUUCAUUUUCUUUCCGUCUGAAUUUUUCAUUCUCUCCUUUAUUUUUCGUUUUCAUUUCCCUUCCUUUCGAUUUUUUUCCUUCCUUAUAAGUUUUUUACUUCGCCUGUUUUUUACUUCUAUUUUUUUUUUCAUUUUCUUUCCGUCUGAGUUUUUCAUUCUCCCGCUUAUUUUUCGUUUUCAUUUUCCUUUUUUCCGAGUUUCUUUCCUUCCUUAUAAGUUUUUCAUUCGCCUGAUUCUUCUUUUUUUUCAUUUUCCUUCCGUUUUUACUUCGCCUGAUUUUUACUUCUAUUUUUUUUCAUUUUCCCUCCGUCUGAAUUUUUCAUUCUCCUUUUAUUUCCUUCCUUAUAAGUUUUCAUUUGUCUCUUUUUUCUUUUUUUUUUCAUUUUCUUUCCGUCUGAAUUUUUCUUUCUCCUUUCUCCUUUUCCUUUUCCUUUCUUCUGAAUUUUUUCAUUUUUCUGUUUUCUUUUUUGUUUUUCUCCCUUCUGAGUUUUUCAUUCACCUAAUUUUCUUUUUUGUUUUCCUUCCUUUUGAGUUUCUAUCUAUCUAUCUAUCUAUCUAUCUAUCUAUCUAUCUAUCUAUUCCUGCUUUAUUCUCUUCAUAUCUAUCUAUCUAUCUAUCUAUCUAUCUAUUUUUUAGCCUGCACUUUUUCUAUCUAUCUAUCUAUCUAUCUAUCUAUCUAUCUAUCUAUCUAUUCCUGCUUUAUUCUCUUCAUAUCUAUCUAUGUAUUUAUCUAUCUCAGACUGUUUAUUUUCUAUCUCAUCGGUUCAUAACUAUCUAUCUCUGUUCAUCGAUCUAUUUAUCUCAGUCUUUUAAUUAUCUAUCUAUCUAUCUAUCUAUCUAUCUAUCUAUAUAUCUAUCUAUCUAUCUUUUUUAUCUAUCUGAACUUAUUUAUACCUGCUUUUCUCUCUUCAUAUCUAUCUAUCUAUCUAUCUAUCUAUCUAUCUAUCUAUCUAUCUAUCUAUCUAUCUGUCUGAGUCUUUUGUUUAUCUAUUUGAACCUAUUCAUACCUGACCGUCUCUCUAUUUUCGAAUGGUCAUAUCUCGAAUUUUCUAUCUAUCUAUCUAUCUAUCUAUCUAUCUAUCUAUCUAUCUAUCUAUCUAUCUCUCUCUCUCUCUCUCUCUAUAUAUAUAUAUAUAUAUAUAUAUAUAUAUAUAUAUAUAUUUAUAUCUGUUUAUAUCUAUCUAUCUCAUCUAUCUAUCUAUCUGAACCUGUUCUUACAUGCCUCUCUCCGUUCCGAAAUGUUGAUAUCUAUCUCAGUUUUUAUCUAUCUGAACUUAUUUAUACCUGCUUGUCUCUCUUCAUAUCUAUCUAUCUAUCUAUCUAUCUAUCUAUCUAUCUAUCUAUCUAUCUGUUAUAUUGUGGAUAA